AUGGCCAGUACUGGCUAUGGCGGCACCUACCCCUACUACCAGCCUGCGGCCAUGCCCUACAACUACAGCUACGCGCAGCAGCCGGCAAGAGGCGGCGUCGGCGGCUCUCGCCCGCCGAUCCAGCUAUUCCUCUUGCUCGCGACGCUCUUCCUCCUCGUCGCCGUCUCACUGUAUGCGUGGUGCGAGGCCGCAGUGGAGAGCAUGCUCCAGCAGCUCCGUCCGUUUCUCAUCCUGUCCCCGCUGCUGCUCAUCGUCGCCGCGCAGCUCUGGCUAGCGACCAGCGAUCGGCGGGGCGGAGGCGGCCUCGGCUACCUCAUCUCGCAGGUGGCGCCCGGGGAGUACUAUCCGAGCGGCGCCGGGGCGUACGGCCGGUGGGACGGCGGCGCUGGAUCGUCGCCGUGGGGCGUGGCGGUGGCGCUGGUGCUCGUGUUGAUUUUGCUGUCCUACCAGGAGUCGUUCCAGGAGUGGCGGCUGUUCCCGCUGCGCAGACGCUGA